GCGAGCUCAGGGACUCAAGGAAACUAAUUAAGAACAACUGCUAGCUGCUGUUGCUGCUUAAUUCGUUUGCCGUACUCCGAGGAGAGAGAAGAAACAUGAGGAAAGGCAAUGCAAGAUUCCCAAAGUCAUCGUCGUGGCCAAGGACGAAGACGGUGGUGAAGAAAUGGCUCAACCUGAAGAACGAGAAGUUCCAUUCAGACUGCUGCAUCAAGGAGAGCUUUGGCCAAGGGAGGCAAGAGAGGAGAAAGAGCUGCUCGGACAAAGAUGGCAGCCUUCUGUCUGGAAGAGAUUUGUCAGGUGGUUGGCUGGUGGAGAGCUCUGAAAAUCUGAGACCUCCUGCCCGGUAUGGCUCACACCCGCCAUGUUCGUCGUGUCAACCUCCCAAGGAGCUUAGGAUGUUUGUGGGGACGUGGAACGUGGGAGGACGAACACCGCAUCAAGGGCUGGACAUCUCAAACUGGCUCCUGGACCAGCACCCUGCAUCCUCCCCUGCUCACAUCUACGUUCUUGGCUUUCAGGAAAUAGUGCCAUUGAAUGCCGGAAAUGUCCUUGGGGCAGAGGACAAGGGGCCCGCUGACAAGUGGCUCGACCUCAUUCGCCAAACUCUGAACCAUUCCUCCUCCGCAACAAGCCAUAGUUUCCCCAACAAUUACCGGUAUGCCACCGGAGCAAGCCCCGAGCUGACCCAGAAGGACAGGGUCAGCUUCUCGGACUUGCUAGCAAUGGAGGACAGACUUAGCAUGGUAUCAGAGCUUGACGAUGACAGCGAACCGUCAACCUCGAACCCGGAAUCGAGCAGCGAGGAGGAGAUGGGCGAUGCCGCAGCCCACCGGAGGCCGGCGAGCCAUGGCUACCGGCUAGCUGCCAGCAAGCAGAUGGUGGGCAUCUUCCUCUGCGUGUGGGUCCGGGCUGACCUCAUGCCAUGCAUCACAAGCCUCAGGGUGUCUUGUGUUGGCAGGGGCAUCAUGGGGUACAUGGGGAACAAGGGGUCCAUCUCGAUAAGCCUGACGCUGCAAGGGAGCACGACGAUGUGCUUCGUGUGCACGCACCUGGCGUCCGGCGAGAAGGACGGUGACGAGGUGCGGAGGAACAGCGACGUGGUGGAGAUCCUCCGGAGGACGCGGUUCACGCGGCGGCCGCACCACCGGCUGUCGCCGCCGGAGACCAUCUUGGAGCACGACAAGAUCAUAUGGCUCGGGGACCUGAAUUACCGGCUGACGGGCAGUGGCUGCGGCGGCACGCAGGAGCUGCUCGACCGGAACGACUGGCAAGCAUUGCUGGAGAAAGAUCAGCUGAGAGUGGAGCAGAGAGAAGGGCGCGUGUUCGGCGGAUGGGAGGAAGGGCGCAUCAGCUUCCCGCCGACGUACAAGUACCUCGCCGACUCCGACACCUACGCCGCCGCCGUCACCUUCGCCUCCGGCAAGUCUCAUCGUGACAAGAAACGCACCCCGGCAUGGUGUGACCGAAUACUGUGGCGCGGGUCCGGGAUGGAGCAGCUGCGGUACGCGCGGGGGGAGUCGCGAUUCUCCGACCACCGCCCCGUCAACUCCCUCUUCUCCCUGCAGCUCGCCGCCGACCAUCUCCUCCGGACACGGGAAGCAGCCGCAGCCAUCGGCCUCCGCUCCUCAAGAUUCUGACACAUACACGUACACCAUACCGUAUACGUACGUACGGCAGCCGUAGCAGAGAGCAUCUACUAGCAGUAGCCUGCAGGAAGGGAAGGAUCGAUGGCUGGUCGCCAUUGCUGCCAACUGGGCAAGCAAGCAAGUUCUGUCGCAGCAACAGGAGACAUUCUUCUUGGGAAUCCAAAUCAAUCCUGCCCAUGCUAAUAAAGAGGAAUCCGAUGCAGUGUCAUUAUUGUUGACUGUGCUGCUACUUGUACAUGCGAUUUUG